UACGACACCUUAUUAAUUUUUAACAGUAUAUGCAUUUACAUGCGCAGUCCAAGCGCAUGACGGUCUUGCUGAUUAAAUUAAAUUUUGAGAUUAAGAAAUAUUCACUUCAGUUUGUUACGGAUAUCUCGUAAAUUCAGUUUUGAUAAACAACAAUGGAAAAGGCAGAAUUUGGCAAAUAUUUUACAAACAUAUUCCAAGAUGGAUUCAUUAUGUUAUCAAUUGGCAUCGGGCAUGACCUUGGAUUGUUCAAAGUCAUGUGUGAAGCUAAGGAACCUAUCAGCAGUGAAGAAGUGGCCAAGAAGUUAGAUCUUAAAGAGAGGUACACGAGGGAAUGGUUGUCAACAAUGGUUGCUGCUAGUAUCAUUAAGCAGGACAGAGAUUCUAACCUGUACACAGUCCCUGAGCAAUAUAAAGAUAUCAUUAUGACAAACAUGGGGUUUGCACCGGCUUUAUUUGCUAUGGGGAUGAGGUCGAAGGCGGUAAAAGAGGCCUUUAAAAAGGACGGUCCUUAUGGUAUAAGUUACCACGACGAACAUGCUAUCGAGUUUAUUCAUUGGAUUAAUGGUUAUAGGGCACUGAUGUGCGAUGAGACAGUAGACAAGAAAAUUAUUAUACCUUUGCUUGACCAGCAGGGAGUUUCGAGACUGAAAUCUGGCAUCAAAGUUCUCGACUUAGGAUGUGGAGCUGGUAACCAUGUCACUGCAAUGGCGCAAAAAUUCCCAAAGUCCACGUUCAUUGGUUUAGAUUACUCGGAAGCUGGUAUAAAGCAGGGUAAUAAACACAAACAAGAAAAAGGGUUAACUAAUGUAACAUUCACUCAAGGUGACGCGCACAAAUUACCGGAUGAAUGGGCAGAAAGUUUCGAUUAUGUGUUUGUGUAUGACGUCCUUCAUGAUUUACCAAACACCCACAAAGCUCUAGGACAAAUCUACAAAGUCUGA